ACAGGGAGCACCUGUGUCGUUAGUGUAAGGAAUAGUAGAAGCCUGUUGAUUUUGUAUUCAUUAGUGUAUAUCAUCUUGAUCCUCCCUAAAACAAUGCUAAACCAGAACAGCCAUAGUUUAAUCAUUGCUUAGACCUUGGCACAGGUUGCAGUUAAAGCAAAAAGGAUAUCUAAAAUGUCGAGAUUGGUUUGCCUGUGUCGUGUUUUGUCAAGUUCUGGUGCAAGAACAAACACUGUCGGUACAAAGCUGUUAGCUGCUGUAAGCUCAGUAAACAGAAUAACUGUGUCGCCUUUACAGCCAUGUGGAACUUGGGGACUGGAGAAUCGGACCUUCUCACUGAGCGUUCACUAUAUGAAGAAAGCAAACCCUAAAGCCAAAAAGCAGAAGAAAUCAAAGAAAGUCUCGGAUGAUGAGGAAGAGGAUGCUGAGGUGGAAAUAGGAGCGGUGAUAAACAUGGAUUCACUCACAGAAGAAAUGGAGCAAGCACUAGAACACAUGCAAAAGGAAUUUAUCCAAAAUGUCUCUUUAAGACCAUCAACAGCUGCAUAUGAACAUUUAAUGAUAGAGACACCAGAUGGAAAAUACCCUCUAAAUCAAAUUGCUCAAGUUGCCAUUCAGGGACCUAUGGUCAUUAUAAACAUGGCUAUAUCCCCACAGUACAUUAAAAAUGUGGAUGAAUCACUUCGGGAAAACUUGAAUGUAAAUCCCCAGAUGGCAGGAACAACAUUGACUCUUCCUGUGCCUAAAAUCACCAAGGAGUAUAGACAUGAGAUGGCAGAAAGGGUAAAAAAGAUUGCAGAGAACUCGAAAGAUGUGAUGCGACAUAUUCGUUCCAAGUAUGUCAAAAAGCUGGAUUCUUCAAGGGACAUGAUGUCAGAAGAUUCUUAUUUUGAAUAUUCAAAAAAGAUAGAUUCUAAAACGAAGCUUUACGUUGACAAGAUUACUACUCUAGCAGCCAAGAGGAGUAAAGAAAUCAAUGCAUGACAGAACAUUUGUUAUACAAUCAUGGGUAAAAUUAAAUGAAAUGAAUAUAUUUGUUUAAAA